UAAUAAAACCGACGGUGUGAAAAAAAAAAUCUCAUGCAUAGUAAUUCAAAUUAUCUUCUUGUUUUAUUUUCAAAAGGAAUCAGCGAGAACGUUGUUUCGUUUUUUCUUAAGGAUCUAGAACGUUACAAUGUUCGAAACGUUGAAGAAUACAAAGAUACAGCGUUGCUCUUUUCCCGAAUAUCCAAUGCGACGUCCAAAGUUAUUUGUGUGUGCGCCGCUCAAACCUGCUACACGUUAAUGAAAGAUGCUGUAACACAAUUGUCGUCACCUAAAAACUUACACGGCCUAAUACUUUUUUGCGGACCUUAUGAAGAAUUUUAUGCAACUUGGGCCACAAAGUGCCCAGCGUUGAAGUUUUUAUCCCAUAACUUAAAAGAGGUACGACGAGCAGUGGUCUGGUGUUUAUCCGGAGGAGACUUUAAUUCUCAAGGUGAUGCGAUUUUAUUAGACGAUUCUAAUGAGGCAUUAGGCGUAAAUGAAUAUCAAAAUCAAGAGUAUGGUAGCAAAAGUACCCUAUCCAUCAACAAUACCGAAAUUGAUCAAUUAUCGUGCAGAACGAUACAAACUACACAAUCUUUUACACGGCUCAUCGUUUUGUGGUUCCUUCAUGAUAUAAUUGGAUCAAGGCAUGUGGAUAUACCUCUAUAUACUUCUUAAACUUUUUGCAUGAGACACUGUACUAAGAAGUACUGGCGAAGGGUAUAUGAGUUUUUCUGAAUUUUCACUUGAAGCCUUGGUGAAUUAAUUAAAGGAAACGACAAUAUUAAUAUUUUUAAUACAUGCCUUGGAAAGCGUGCAAAAUUGUUGUUCAGAUCGUCAUUGUCAUUUCAACAUAGCAAUAUGCGCCGUAAUUUUUUUUUCAUGAAGAAUGGAUAUAUCUCAGUUUUUUGUUAAUGCUAACGUUUUGGUUAUUUAGAUAAUGUUUUUUUAAUUAUUUUUGAAAAAAAUGAACUACUCAUGUAACAAAAAAAAGAAAAGAAUUAUUA